GGUAAAACAACACUUUUCCCCUUGCGUGUUCUUUGCGCGUCGAACGUUAGAUGACUGAUGAUACAUUCGAAUAUCGUGUUAAAAAAAGUCACAUUUGAUCUUCGAUGAUCGGAGGUAGGAGGCAAGGAAAGGAGGGAUAGUUAACCGAGUUCACUUUUAUCUCGGUGUACAGACGUGGAGAUAAUCGGACGAGGGUGUGAAGCUCCACGAUGCGCGUAAAUCGCUAACUGAAGCUGCGAAUAAUAAGGCACGUGUCGCGCUCGUCGUAAACGCAUACGUUAAUGAGAUUCUGUGACGGCGCAUAUGUGCGUGCAUGUGCAUGUAUGUGUGUGUAUAUGUGUGUUUGUGUGGGUCUCAAUCGCGGCAGCUUUUUCGUGUAAAAACCGCAGGUCGAGCAGCACUUGGCCGCACGCGACGCGUUAACACGAAAUAUCGCACUGUGCAACUCGCGCGCUGUAGUUAAUACUCCCUGGCUGUGCCCGAGCCGGUGGUGUUAAAGUACGUGUUCGCGGUCGGUUGGACUCAUUGUGGGCGCCAGCGAUCGUCAACCAUGAAGUCGCAAACCGGAGCGAGGGUUUCUACAGGAUUACAAACUCGAUCGAAUUCUCCUCGUGCCGAUACCUGUUGCCAAUAAUCGCGCCGAUUGACUUUCUCACUUAACAGAGAACUUCUCGAAGGAUGAUCCCAUAUCUAACUAGGAAUCAGCCGAUUCGAUGCAAAAGAACGCUGGUUCCCCUUAAACGCGAGAUUCCCCCGUUUCCCGAGAGAGCUACGAGAACAAGUUCCGGUUCGUCCCCGAGGCGGGAUACGCACGUGACAGGAGAAAUAAAGAAAGAAUCCCCCUUUACCCUGCAAUAGAGUCGCACUGGUUAGUCGUGUGUGCGGGAUCGUCGUCGUGUGGUGCGCGGCGCGGCUCGGCGGGCCGCGCAAAGGCCGCCCAAUUAAUUAAGAUAGCUCCUAGACACACACGCUAGAUCGAUAGGGACCGGCCGCGAUAAAGACUGGCGAGGGUCUCAGACUUCAGGGAUGUUGCAGUGCUGUGGUGUUGGAGGUGGCGCUUCCACGGCACCUCAGGCUCCGCAGCUGCACGGUACCGGAUCCGCUGUCGGGGCUACCACCUCCACGAGAACCACCAUCAUGCAGGACGCAGUUCUCGAAUCCAUCCUGGAGCAAAUGCGGGAGACGGAAGCCCAGCGAGCGGAGCUGGAAAGGCAGCAUGCGGACGCACAGAACCAGUUGCGGGAGAAGAUAGCAGGACGCUAUCAAGGUCCCGAAUCGGUCGAAGCGUUGCAGUCGAAGAUCCGGGAGCUCGAGAAGAAGACCGAGCUGCAGAUGGUCAAGCACGAGGAGCUGUCGUUGGAACUGACCAGCUUAAGACGUGCACGUAGCAGAGGACCGGGGCACGUAGUAGGGCUCGUCACGUCCGCGAACGUCCCGACGUCUACUUGGCCGCCGGCCGGCUCCGAAAUUGAUAGAAUCAUUGCAAAGAUCGAACAGGACAAUAGUGCCGGCAGAAUAUUGCACGAAUUGGACCACUCGCGCGGCACGAUAACCACACAACAACCCUCGGCUACGCAAGGCAUCCUUAGGUCCAGCUCAGAAAAUCUUCCCAAUCUCGGUCAGCAUCAGCAUCCACCUCAUCCACACGCUCUCAACCUGGGAAUGCCUACUCAAAUGGGCCACUACGCAGGUUCACCAAUGCCAUUAACGCCGAUGAUGCCUGGUUGUCCUCCAUUGACCCCGAAUGGACCACCAUAUCACUACAGCGAACCGAUUCCGCCAGCACCGUCACUCUCUAGUAGUCAGUCGCAGCCCGCUUUCCAACAGAAAAUUCAACAGUACCAGCAGCAACAACAGUCGCAGCAUGAGAUAUCGAGUUCCCAUUCUCAAAGCGUUCUACCAUCCCAACAAAAACAAACGCACACUUCACACUUUACAAGCAAUCAAUAUCAGGAGAGCUAUCCACACACGCAAACGUAUCAGCAACCGCUUCAGCAACAGCAACAACCGCAGCAGCAACAACCGCAACAGCAGCAACAGCAUCCGGCCUCGACCACGUACCUGACAUCGGCCAGCCAGAGCGUAAUACCUCACUAUACACAGCCUGCCCAGACUGCCCAGAAUUAUCAGUUGAAUGGGAGUCAACAGGCAACUACAUAUCCUAGUUUGUCCAUGGCCUCACAUCCAAACGGAACAUACAGCACGGGCGCGACCACUUACAACACCCAGUUGGCGCAUCAUAACUACACCGGGCCACAAACAAACAUCCCGCAGACAACGCUGUCCUCGCUGCCGCUGUAUUCUACCACUUUUCAUUCCACCCUCGGGGGACUCACGAGCGUACCCCAGUCCGUUCUUCCUUACUCCACCGGUCAGAGCACUUUUGCUACCAGUGGAUCGACAUACUCCACUACCGUCGGGACCAACGCUUUCGGGACGUCGGGCGUAAGCUCAGGUACUAGUUCGGGAGGCCUGUUACAAGCAAUAGGCGAUCCUCUACAAGCGAUGCAGCAACUCUCCGCCCAGUCGCAGGCAAAUCAGCUUCAGCAGCAGGCUAUUAUCCAGCAGAUUCAGCAGAGCUUGCGUGCCAGUUCGCCGACCGCACCCGGUACCGUGACCGGCCAUCAUUUUCUCGGCCCUAGGCAAAUGCCGAAGAUCCCCACAAGUAUACUAACGAAUCCUCUGGACCGGCUGACCAACACCGAGGACAUUAUAUCCGAGGGUCAAGUGGACAUGCUGGACGUGCCUGGCAAGGGCAGAUGUUACGUUUACAUAGCUCGUUUCAGCUAUGAGCCGUUCCAACACUCGCCGAACGCGAAUCCGGAAGCAGAACUACCGGUCCAAGGUGGCGAUUACCUCUUGGUCUGGGGCCAACCCGACGAGGACGGCUUUCUGGACGCGGAGACGCUCGAUGGUAGACGCGGUCUAGUGCCAGCUAACUUCGUGCAGAAGUUGGUAGGCGACGAUCUGCUAGAAUUCCAUCAAGCCGUUCUCGGCCUCAGGGACGUAGACGAUUCCGUCUCGACGAAUAUUCCUCAAUGCUAUCUACAAGAUAUUGAUUUAGAAUUAGCCGCAUUAGAAGAAGGAAAUCGGAAUCGUCAAGCAGAACUAACCGCAUACGCGGAACUUGACAAUAUCGCGGAGGAAGAUGAGCAGGAACCGCCAGAAGUCUACAUGUUUUCGGACCUAGUUCCGGCGCCGCAGCACCUCACACUUGAGCGGCAACUCAACAAGAGCGUGCUGAUCGGAUGGACUGCGCCUGACAACACGCACCAACUCGAAUCUUAUCACGUCUACGUGGACGGCGUGCUAAAGGUCACAGUGAAAGCUACCGAGAGGACUAGGGCUUUAGUGGAAGGAGUUGAUUCUACACGGCCGCACAGGAUAAGCGUGCGUUCGGUUACGCAUUCGAGAAGGACGUCACGCGAUGCCGCUUGCACGAUGGUGAUCGGCAAAGACAUCGCGUUAGGUCCGACUGCCGUCAAAGCAUCGAACGUAACGGCGACUAGUGCUGUGAUAUCCUGGCUACCCAGUAACAGUAACCAUCAGCAUGUUGUCUGUGUGAACAACGUGGAAGUGAGAACUGUAAAGCCGGGCGUCUACAGACAUACCAUUACUGGCCUGGCUCCGUCGACGAUAUACAGGGUGACCGUCAAGGCGAAGAAUCUGCGGGCGACACAUUUUGAGGACCAAAAUACUCAAGCGGCAAACAACCUAGCCUGUCAUGUCCACUUUAAAACGUUGCCCAAAGGAUUGCCGGAUCCUCCGGUCGAUAUCCAGGUGGAGGCUGGACCGCAGGACGGCACUUUGCUAGUGACCUGGCAGCCUGUUGCCCUAAACGGUUCGGCCGUCACCGGUUACGCGGUGUAUGCCGAUGGUAAGAAGGUCACCGACGUUGACAGCCCUACCGGCGAUCACGCGCUCGUUGAUAUACACAAGCUCAUGGGUCUCAACCCGAAGCAUAUCACCGUUAGGACUAAGAGCAGGGAGAGUCAAUCGGGCGAUAGUUGCGCAACAGCGAUACCCUGCAGCGUGCUUAGAGGUGGUGCUGCUGCCGCUGUCCCUCACAUGCCGCCAUCCCAUGGACUCCCACACAUGGUAGAUCAACGGCAACCGCCACAGUCCACUAUGGGUCCUCAGCAGGACGAUCCCAAUCGCCAUCGUAUGGUCGGCGGCGUGAGUCAACGAUAUCCGCCGAAUGCGCCCGUGCCCUCGCACAUGCGACGACAUGUGAGCAACAGGGUAGACGCCCACGGUCAAGUUAUCAUCGAGACAGACGAGAAUCUCUCUGACAAGGAGAUUUAUCCCGGACAGAGCAUUCCUCAGAUGGGAAUUCCGGAAAUCACAAAAGAUUCUGCAAGUGAAGCAAAUUAUAGCGAGGAGGACGAUCCUACGCGUAGAUCGCGGGGAAUGCCACCACAGCAUCACGGCCCGCAACAUCGAUAUGGCGCGCAAAUGGAUCCUCAGGGCCCGCCUGGAGCACAUAGGUCUCCUAGCAUGAGCGGUCCCAGCAGUAGACCGCAAGACCCUUAUUAUGACCAAACGGGAGCAUCUCAAAGAGGAAGAGGGCCAGUUUAUGGACGCGGUGGACGAGUACCGCAGGCUCAAGGUGGAGCAAGUCAUCCCCCGAAUGUAGCUCAACAAAUGAACAAGAGGCAACGGUGGUUCGUGGCAUUGUUCGACUAUGAUCCUACGACUAUGUCACCGAAUCCAGAUGCAUGCGAGGAAGAAUUACCAUUUUCCGAAGGCGAUACCAUUAAGGUAUACGGCGAAAAAGAUGCUGACGGUUUUUACUGGGGCGAGUGUCGCGGUAGGCGAGGAUAUGUUCCUUAUAACAUGGUAGAAGAGCUUAAAGAUCCACCGGGUCAAGGACAGCCUGGUAGAAGAGGACCCGCACAAAAUGAGAGAUGGGGGGACAUUUAUGCGAGCAUGCCCGUGAAGAAGAUGAUAGCCCUCUAUGAUUAUGACCCUCAUGAAUUAUCCCCUAAUGUUGAUGCUCAAGUCGAACUAACGUUCCAAACUGGAAACGAGAUAUACGUCUACGGUGACAUGGAUGAUGACGGAUUUUACAUGGGCGAGUUGAACGGCGUGCGUGGUUUAGUGCCGAGUAAUUUCCUCACUGAAGCACCCGGACAGAAUCAGGGACAACCGCCGCAGGGUAGCAGGCGACCCGGCGGCCAAAGCCAAGGGCCGGGUGCAAGGGGGCCACCGCCACCUCCUCGGGAACCACCCCCGGCCGGUCAUCGACGUGGCAAAGAUGCCUGCAUUGUGCCUGUGUCUGUCCCUGUCUGUCACUUAGACUCUAGACAACUACAACAACAACCACCACCAUCACUAAUGAACAACCAACAACAUCAACUACAACAUCAAAACAAUCCACCGCAUCUAGCCUAUCAACAAGCGAAUCACCACAGCUACACGACCGUAACCACGUCCAAUCAGCAUGGGCCCAGUCACUUGCCACCCGGCGGCGGUGUCAUGGGUGCCCAUCAGCAAGGUCCCGUACCGCCCCACCUUCAGCAACAGGGGAAGGGGAGGGGCGGCGUGGUCAAUCGGAUCGCUGGUAGUAAUAUGCCGGGUAUGCAGGGUCCGGGCCAGCAACAGGACUAUCAAAGCCAGCAGCAAAUGAAUCAGCCGUACCAGCAACAGCCGAAUCAACCAUACCAGCAACAGCAGCCGAAUCAAGGAUACCCGCAGCAAUCGACACAACAGUUCCAACAAUCGCAACCGCAGCAGCAAAUGGGCCAACCGUUCUCGCAGCAGAAUCAACCAGGUGGCCUUGGGAUGCAAAUCGGCGGUCCUCAAAGUACCAGCAAGCCCAUGAGAGGGAUACCGGCGGUACUGCCGACGGCUCAGUCCAAGACACAACCUAACACGAUGCAGCAGCAGCAGCAACAGCAGCAGCCGCAGCAACAAAGCACCGGGCCGAACCUGAUGCAGAAGUUUACUGAGAUGGCGGGUGCGAGUGCAGGCGGCGACAUUCUCUCUAAGGGGAAAGAGCUCAUUUUUAUGAAGUUUGGAUUGGGCAAGUGAGGAGGAGCGAUCGCUGAUAACGUGACGGUGACGACGAUAACAACGACAAUGACGAUAAUGUAUUGUCGUUUCCGUUUCGUUCUUCUUCUCGCAUCUGACGUCCGCGUGCGCGCAAAGUCAAUCUUCUCAAUCACGAGCUGUGUAAAUCAGUAUUACGACGAAUGUCGUUCGACAGCGGAAGAUAUGCAACGAGGACGCAAUCUUGCCGAACGUUGUUGCUAAGGACAAAAAGAAUAAGACGGAUAAGAGUGCGUCAUUGCUGCUGCUGCUGUUGCUGCUAUUGUUGCUACUUGCUAUUAAUAAUCGUUAAUUACUGCAAAGUAAAAAAGAAUCGUCGCUGGGCAAAUUUAAAUCGAAAACGAGUCUCGCAAUAGAGGAAGGAAGAAAGGAAGAAAGAAAUCUUUGGUAGAGCCUCUGAAUGGGACGAUCCGUGUAGCUCUUUUGAUAUAGUGGCGAUCGAGUGUCGAGGAUGAAAUCGACUGGCGAACGAACGAGCGAGCGUGCAAACGAGCACUCGAAUGCUGAAAGGAACGCAGGUGCGCCAAAACAAUCCUCCAAUUUUCCGGACGUUUCUUUCGGUUUUCGUAGAUACCUUUAGGCGUAAAGCACAGGAUUGAUUUUCACCUACUAGGUGUCGAAUAGAAUAAAAUGUAACGCCCGCCCUCCGCGCAUUCACGUAUACACAUACAUACACAACACACACACACGCACACACAUACACACCAGGUCGACUCGUCGACACAGCAAGUGUCCGUUUGAGAGUUAUUCUCUAAGGCCCUAUACAAUUAAUCUUUGGUUUGUUGUGACAGAUAAAUUUGAGUUAAAUUCAGCGAUUGUAAUUGAUACAAUUUUACUUUUGGAAUGUGAUUUAUUUUAGGAGUUUGUCGAGAUUAAAAUUGGAAACAAAAUCUUAAACGGACACCGGCAUUCCAGCGAGAUCGACUUUCGUUCCGCUGGGAAAGCUUCACUGACGCGUGAUGAGAGUGCUGUAACGAAUCAAAGUGACUGAUGGAGGCGCGGUAUAAGGAGGAGGCUACGAGGCUAUCCGGACAAUGUUAAUUAGUCGCUAAUUAUUGUCAUUCUUUCUCUCGUGUCGACAUCGUGUUAAGGACGUAUGAGGCGGGAGCAGGAGGUAGCGCAAAUCGAUAUAUAACACGUUUCAAUAUAAACGAAAAAAAAAGAGAAAAUAAUAAUAAAAAAGAAAUAUAUUGCGUCAUCUCUUAAGCAUGCCAAGAGAGAGAGGUACGCCAGCUACGUUUGUCAUUCAGUAAUUUGCGCUUUGUUUUUUCUAUGAAUCGGUGCGUGACGAUCUUACUCCUUGUUAGAUCGAGGUGAAGUAAGAGAAACAGGAGGAAGAAAAAGAAGGGGAGAUCUAUGAGAGCCCACAAAAACACACACACAAUGUUAUUAUAAACGAUUAAUUAAUAAAAAACGAAUCUUGUUUGUUGUUA